AUGUGCUACAAGAGCAACUACGAGCCUUAUACCAGCCAACCCCUCGACAUGGAACCCACCAACGAACAACUCCUCUACCCCCUCGGUUCCCUCUAUCCGCACGUCGUCGCCCUCCAGCUGCAAUCCGACGAGUCGCCCUGGCUCAAGACCCGCCAAUACGCCGGCUACCAUGACACCAGCUUCUGGGCCGACAUCGAGGUGCCGCCCUCGCCCUCGGAGUUUUCCACCCGCUCCACCAUCCGCAGCCGAUAUAGCGACUCCACCGCUUGCAAGCUCGUUUCCAGAAUCCGACGGCUCCUUAGCCGGGAUGAGCUGCGGAGACGCCAGCAGCAGCAGCAGCAGCAGCGUCGCUAUGAGUGA